UUGGCACUUGUCACUUGACAAAGUAGACACAGGCAGAGUAGGCAAAGUGUGACUGGCACUUGUCAGCGUUUGUCGUUCCCGAGUGCUAGAUUAGGUUAUUUAGGAUUGUUGGCCGAUAUUCCAUCAUCUGGGUAGGCUAAAAUCAAGGAUCGGAAAGACGAUCGAGACGAACAACCAUACAAAAAUAUUUUUUAGAACAAAAUCAAUAAAAAUUUCAAAAUGUUAUCUCGGAUUCUAAAACCUCUUUUAAAUGGAUCUACUAGAGCGUUUUCGACUACAAACAAGAAUAAUGUCAAGGUUGCGGUUUUGGGAGCCGCUGGUGGAAUUGGGCAACCCCUUAGUCUUUUAUUGAAACAGUCCCCUUUGAUCAGUCGCCUGAAUUUGUAUGAUAUCCUUGGAACGAUUGGUGUGGCAGCUGACUUAAGUCACAUUGAAACACCUGCCAAAGUAUGUGGUUACAAUGGCAAGAAGUUUUUGUGCAAGGCUUUAGAAGGAGUGGAUGUAGUCGUCAUACCAGCAGGCAGCCCUCGUAAACCUGGUAUGACUCGUGAUGAUUUGUUUGACAUCAAUGCUUCAAUUGUUGCUGAAUUAAUUGAAGCUUGUGCCAAUACAUGCCCCAAAGCUAUCAUUGGUAUCAUAACUAAUCCAGUGAACUCCGUAGUUCCAAUUGCUUGUGAAAUUAUGAUGAAACACAAGAAGUUUGAUCCUCGCAAAAUAUUUGGAAUCACCACUCUCGAUUUAUGCCGUGCCAAUACUUUCAUUGCUGAAAUGAAUGAUUGGGAUCCAAUGGAUGUAGACAUUCCUGUCAUUGGUGGACAUGCUGGUGCAACAAUUAUACCUUUGCUGUCACAUUGCAGACCACCAGUAAAGAUGUCUGAUAAACAAGCAGCUGAAUUCUGUAAACGAGUGCAAGAAGCAGGAACAGAGGUAGUGAAAGCUAAGGAGGGUGCUGGAUCAGCCACUUUAUCCAUGGCCUUUGCUGCAACAAGAUUCGCUCUCAAGAUGGCUAGAGCUUUGAAAGGGGAACAAAAUGUUACUGAAUGUGCCUAUGUUUACUCGGAUGUGGUGCCAGACAUAAAAUACUUUGCAAAUCCUGUUGUUCUAGGUAAAGAAGGCAUGGAGAAAAACUUGGGACUGCCAGCUUUAGAUACCGCUGAAAAGAAAUUGCUGGAUGAUGCUUUACCCCAAUUGAAGAAAGAAAUCGAGAAGGGAAUAGUUUUUGCUCAGAAGUUUUCAAACAGUUCAUAAAUAUCCAUAAUUAUCAAAUUUCAUAUUUUUCAUGGAAAUAAUUCAUAAAUCAACAAAAGUUUUUUUUUUUAAAAAAAACUAGUGUA